CCGCCCCUAGGCUCUACUGGCAGCGCAGCCCCCCAGCCCCGCACUGGUGUCCGAUGCGAGAGCCUGUGCUUAAGUAAGACAUUAAGCCUCAUUGGAGAUAUUCAAGCAAAGAUUGGACAACUAAUUUUCUGGAACAAAAGGAAACUCAUGCAUCAGAAAAGGUGACUAAUAAACAUACCAAAAGAAUAUGGCUGCACAAAUGCCAGAAUCUGAUCAGGUAAAACAGUUCAAGGAAUUUCUUGGAACCUACAAUAAACUUACCGAAACGUGCUUUUUGGAUUGCGUUAAAGACUUCACAACAAGAGAAGUCAAACCUGAAGAGACCACCUGUUCAGAACAUUGCUUACAGAAAUAUUUAAAAAUGACACAAAGAAUAUCCAUGAGAUUUCAGGAAUAUCAUAUUCAGCAGAAUGAAGCCCUGGCAGCCAAAGCAGGACUUCUUGGCCAGCCACGAUAGAGAAGUCCUGAUGGAUGGACUUUUGAUGAAAGAUUGCCAGCAGCUGUUGUGAUAGAAAUGAUUCAUCUGCUAGAAUCCCCUGAAAGCAGUAGCCACCAUGUUAAACUGUCUGUCAUGACUGUGGCAAAUGGAAACAACUGGAGAAACAAAAUUGCUAUUUAUGGAGAAUAAUCAAAAUAGAAGGUCUUAUUGUUCAAUGAAAAUAAUAAGAUGCAACAUUUGUUGAGGCCUUAAGAUUCAGCAGCUUGGUAACUUCAUUAGAAAAAUAAACCAUUGUUUCUUCAA